UCCCGGCGUGCCUCUGCGCUGCGCCAUAGAGUUGCCGGCGCUGGAGCGGCGCUCUUGCUGCUUCUGUUCCUUUCUCGCCGGGGCUGUCGGUGGCAUUCGUGGGAGCGGCGGCUGUCGUGUGCGCGCUGCAACAUGGCGGGCACGGAGCAAGGGGGCAGCCCGGAGGAGAAGCACCUGAACGGGGAGCUGCUUUUGGAUACCGACGAGAGAGAAGGCGCGGUGGGCCCCGGCGCCGAGGAAGGAGCCAAGAAGAAGCGCAAGAAGAAGAAGAAGAGCAAAAGCACCGUCGCGGGACAAGAAACAGAAAGAGAUGAGACAACUCUUGAUGAAGUAACAAAACAGAUGGAUAAACAAACACUGGAGGAAAAGGACAAAGAUGAGGAUGAUGAAGAUGGUGAAGGUGAAGGUGAUGGAGCAGCAGGGAAGAAAAAGAAGAAGAAGAAAAAGAAGAAAGGACCUAAAGUCCAGACAGAUCCACCAUCUAUUCCAAUAUGUGAUUUGUUUCCCAGUGGGGUAUUUCCAAAAGGUGAAGAGUGUGAGUAUCCACCAACACAAGAUGGGAGAACUGCUGCUUGGAGAACUACAAGUGAUGAAAAGAGAGCCCUAGAUCAAGCAAGUGAAGAGAUCUGGAAUGAUUUCAGAGAGGCUGCUGAAGCACAUAGACAAGUGAGGAAAUACGUUAUGAGCUGGAUCAAACCAGGAAUGACCAUGAUAGAAAUCUGUGAAAAAUUAGAAGACUGUUCACGGAAGUUGAUAAAAGAGAAUGGCUUAAAUGCUGGGCUUGCAUUUCCCACGGGGUGUUCUCUGAAUAACUGUGCAGCCCACUAUACCCCCAAUGCUGGCGAUCCAACUGUAUUACAGUAUGAUGAUAUCUGCAAGAUAGAUUUUGGAACACAUGUCAGUGGUCGUAUCAUUGACUGUGCUUUUACUGUCACAUUCAAUCCAAAAUAUGACAGGCUCUUACAAGCUGUAAAAGAUGCAACAAAUACUGGAAUAAAGUGUGCUGGAAUAGAUGUUCGUCUUUGUGAUGUUGGGGAGGCUAUCCAAGAAGUCAUGGAAUCUUAUGAAGUUGAAAUUGAUGGCAAAACAUACCAAGUGAAGCCCAUUCGCAAUUUGAAUGGACACUCUAUUGGACCAUAUAGGAUACAUGCAGGCAAAACUGUUCCCAUUGUGAAAGGAGGAGAAGCAACAAGAAUGGAAGAAGGAGAAGUAUAUGCUAUAGAAACCUUCGGCAGCACAGGAAAAGGUGUUGUUCAUGAUGAUAUGGAAUGUUCUCAUUACAUGAAGAACUUUGAUGUUGGACAUGUGCCAAUAAGGCUUCCAAGGGCAAAACACUUGCUGAAUGUUAUCAAUGAAAACUUUGGCACACUUGCCUUCUGCCGUAGAUGGUUAGAUCGUCUAGGAGAAAGUAAAUACCUAAUGGCUUUGAAGAACCUAUGUGACUUGGGUAUAGUGGAUCCAUACCCUCCCCUCUGUGAUAUUAAAGGCUCAUAUACAGCACAGUUUGAGCACACCAUAUUGCUGCGUCCAACAUGCAAAGAAGUUGUCAGCAGAGGAGAUGACUAUUAAAGCUUCAGAGCCGUUACCUCACCUAUGUACUUUGUUGGAAUACAUUAUGCCAGAAUAAAUUUGCAAUCUGUUUUAAC